UCCCCUUUAAUUCUCAUUUUAAUCCCUCUUCAAUUUCCCAUUAAUUCCCCCCUCGGAACAGUCUGAGGGGCCGGGAGAGAACUCUCCUGGGAGUUCUCCCUCCCGACCCUAAAGCCUGCUUCCAGGAUGAAGAAGAUUUUUGAUUUCGGCAAGAAAGAGCAGGUUCCACCUUGCCCUCCCUUCAAGCUGCCGAAUUUUUUUGGGCUCCACACACCCAACUACAUCCCAGGAUACCUGAUCCAGAGCAAGGACCUCCCGAAGAUCCACAAAGCUGCAUUGUUAGGGGAUGUGGCCAAAGUGCAGCAUCUGCUGCUGUUCGGAAAAAACAGUGUAAACGAUGUGGAUAGAGAGAAGCGAACAUGUCUUCAUCUGGCCUGUGCUAAUGGACAUCCAGAUGUUGUAUCUCUCUUAAUAGAGAGAAAAUGUGACCUGAAUUUGUUGGACACAGACCAUCGAACACCUUUCAUGAAGGCAAUACAGUGUGAGGAGGGGAAGUGUACU